AUGGCAGCGGAUGGAACCACCACGGCGCCGGCGCCACCGCGCAUGUCGGCCUCGUCGCCUCCCACCGUCGGGACGCUCCUCACCAGGGCCUCCGCGGCCCGCGACCGCGGGUGCUCCUCGCCGCGGUCCCUGCUGUCGCGCAUCCUCCACAGGGGCCGCGGCGGCCGCGGCGGCGGGUUCGGAUGCCGCAUCCGCCUCCUCCCGCGCUACUGCGCCAGCGCCAGCGCCUCGGAGGCCAAGGAGGACGCCGUCGCCGCCGCUGGAACCGCCGAAGUCGCAAAGCAUGAGGAGGAGCCGGCGGAAGUGACCGCGCCCACGGCGGUGGUGGCAUCCCAGCCGGCACGUCGCGAGCCCGGGUCCCCUCGGAGCUCUCUUGGCAAGGACGCGCUGCCGGCGAGCCUGGUGCUGCUACUGUCGAAGAGCGCGGCGGAGCUGAGCAGGAUGGCCGAGCUCCGCGCCCAGAUGGAGCGCCUGCUUCUCGACGCCAGGGCGGCGCCGGCGGACGUGCGGAGCUGCAACGGCCGACCCAGCGCCUCCGUCGACCGCACCACCGACUGCGCCAGCGUCGUCAAGGGGCCCGUCGCCUGCGCUGGCGGCGAGGAGGACGGAGCCCUGUCCCGGUCCGACGGUGAUGGGCGUCGCGACAUGGACCGGAUGGAAGCUGAGCUAGAGGCGGAGCUAUCGCGCUUGCAGUUGCAGCGAGCCUCGGACGACGACGACGACGACGACGACGACGACGACGACAGUCCUCGUCGCCUACGCCGUGAUGAUCAGCUCGAGGUGCAGGCGGGGCCGAAGAGCAGUGCCUCCUCGAGGAGCCACUCGACGAUCUGCUCCGACUACGACAACGACGACGGAGAGACAGACAACGGCGGAGGCGGCGACGAGAGCCAAGACCGCUACGACGAGGAGGAGGAGGACGAGGACGACGAGUGCGUUGGUGAUGAGGAGAGCGGGAUCAAGAGCCCGGCCCACGGCGGCGUGUCGGCACGCGAGCUGGAGCGGAGACUGCACCAGCUGCUGCAGUCGCGGCACGAGGCGCGGAUCGCGGAGCUGGAGUCGGCGCUGGAGCGCGCACGGCGGAAGCUCAAGGAGACGGAGCGCGAGGCGUGCCGGUGGCGCGACACCGCCAAGCUCGCCACCCGCUUCGCCGACGAGUCGAGGCUCAGGUAGGAGUCCAACAAGACCAAGGAGAAGCCAUCUCCGCACGCCCGUGCCCGUGCCCGUGCCCACGGACCCAUCGAUCUGUUGUUCACAAACCUCAACGCAUUUUGCGAGAAAAAUUAUGCUGAACAACAACGCA